AAAACUUAAAAGUGAAAGUAGAAGGUUUUUUUACAUGACGUGUCUAUCUAAGAACUUAUACUGACAACUAUUAGUUCAUUUGUAAAGCCAUAUUACCAAUAUUAUUUUUUGUAGUAUAUGAAUAAUGGGUCUCAAAAGAAAGACUGCUUCAACAGGGAGAGCAUCUAGAAAGGAAAAUGAGUUUAAUGAGUUCUCUGAUAUGGAUGGGGAUGAUUUACAUAAACCAAACUCAGAUAAAGAUCCAAUAGACAAACCAGACAAGGGAGAUAAAUGGGAACCUGAUUAUGAAGAUAAUCUUUUUGAAGACAUUAAUUAUGAAGUGAAUUAUGAAAUAAAAAAUGAGAAGGAUGACCCUUGCUAUGCUAGGAAACAGGAACUUCUCCAAGACUGUAAAAUAUUAACGGAAAGUGUCAGAAAGCCGCUGAAUGUAGCUGUCAUUGGACCACCAGGAUGUGGAAAAUCAUCGUUCCUAAAUACCGUGUUUGCUAGUUUUAGCAGUAAUCGCUGGUACGAAUAUGCUAAGUGUGGUUAUUUUGGAAAUCAUGAAGAUGUGAUGGGAAUGCAAAUUACAAGACAUCUAAGAAGCUUCCCAAAGGAAGAAUAUUACAAACAGAAUGAUUGGAGUAAGUUUCCUACAUUUAUAGACAUGACUGGAUUUGAAAACGAUGAUUCAAUAAUAAAUGAAGAACUCUUACGUCUUGUUUUCUGUGGUAAAGUGAAAGAAAAAGAGAUAUUGAAUGACAUUGUUGCUUUUGGAAGAUAUCAUGGAAUAACAACGAUGAGAAACGAGUACAGAGAUAGGUUUACACACAGACGAAUCAAUAGGAUCAUCAUUGUGUGUUCGUCCAAUCCAGAUUCUGCCAUGCCUUCUGCUUUGUUAAAGACUGUGGUGAAUGUUGCCAAUGAAUUAGACAUUACAUUUUAUGGUGUCAUGACUUGUGCUGAUAUAUUUAGAGCAAAAUAUGAUAAAAGAGUACAAAGCAGGGAGAAAUUGUUCAGGGAAACCCUUGGUUUACCUAGAAAUAGAUUGGCAAGUGUGAUUAACUACUGUCCAGCUGUAGAUCCUGAUCGGUCAUAUGAGGAUACUCUAUUACCAGCUCUUGAUGUACCUGUACUGAGGCUCAUGAGACAGAUAUUGACGCCUGAACCAAGUGAUUCAACAAUGUACUUCGGAGAUUAUGUAAAUGAAGUUAUCUCUUUCAUCAAGAACUUUUUCUUCUUAGGAUGUGUUUUUAUUGGCUGUCAAUAUUUUCUAGGAGUAGAUGUUUCAGUGAUGAAGGCAAGCCUUUACAGUCUAUUAUUGAUAAUGAUAAUUAUAUAUUUGUGUGAAUAUUUUAUCAAAUCUAAUAGACCUGUAAAUGCCAGUGCUGUGAGAUGAACAAUUUUCAUGGAUUAACCUUUGAGCAUUGACAUGUUCAAAACAUGAACAUUUUUCAUGAUUUACUCUGGUUUAAAAUAGAAUUUAGAAUUCUGUCUAUUUGAAAUAACAUAAAAAAUGUGGUGCACACUUUGAAAUAACCUGCUACAUAUACCACAUCUUUUAUAUUAUUUCUUCAUACACAGAGAAACUAUAACAGUUAUUCUCUAAAUAAAAGGAGGUUAAGGAUGCUAUGUAAUUAUUGAAGUAUUAAUGUUAUCAAACAUGCAUCUAAUAUUUUUAUUUAUUAUACUUCACGUUAAAAUGCCAUAUUUUGAUUGGCUAAUACGAGGGUGUCAUUUUACUCUAUCACAUAGCUGAGAGGGUGACAAUUUUUUUUGAAUGUUACCCUCUCGUCUCAACCAAUCAAAAAUCGACAAUUUAAAGGACAAUGGAUUGAAUUUACAUCAAGUAGUUGAAUACAAUGCUUAAGUUUGACGUUUUGGAUCAAAUUUUAUUAUUUAACUGUCAAAAUAAAAAAAUAAAACAUCUUGUUGUUUAUUUCUAAUACUCGUAACGUUGUUAUGUACGUGAUGUCAUAGAAAAUCCUUUUGAAAUAAAAUUAUCUGUAAAAGACAAAAAUGGUAGGACGUUCAGUAUAAUAAAUUAAAUAACACAUAGCUGAGAGGGUGAUA